AUGCAACUGAGACCGCGGCCGGAAUAUUCCACCUUUGUCGAUAAUUCCACUUCUGAUGACGACUCACCGCAGCAGGACCCAUGGCCGCAGCAAGAGGUUUGGCCGGAAGAGGACAUGAUGCGACGUUCGAUGCGAACUGGAUGGACGGCUAACGACGUGGCCGUGAUGCCCCGGUCACACUCCUCCCAGGUUGGCGCCAACUUCGGCUCCGGUAACACCCAGCCGAACCCGAACCCGAUGAGGGAGAGCCGAUCCGUGCAUGCACAGCUUCGAUUCACUCCUUGUGAGCAUGACCACGGCACUCGACCACGACUU